UUGACAAGGGGGAGGUGUGGCAUUUACUGUGGCUGUUUCCGCCAUCAAGGUUUUGGAACAAGCUCAAGAUUUAAAUGGGGGGCUUUGUUGAAGCUAUGUCCUUUUAGGUACCUGCGGACCUAGGUAGGUACCUAUUAUUAUGGAUGCUAUUACCUAAACAGAAUUGGAACCUCUCAACUUCAACAUUUCUUGUAUGAACUUACGUCGUAGGUUUCCUUCAAAAUAGUUUAUAUUGGCAUAUUCCCCUACUUCACAAUUAGUAAGUAGACACUAGGUGGAGUUUAGGUUCGGAAAUGAAGGUUUCCGUUCCAAUCUUGCUCCUCGGUAGCUCCCGCGUCUUGGGACUCGAGCUUCAACAAGUUCUAGGUGAAGCUUACUCUCUAACUUCGGUUGCUUCGUCCGACUUCAAAUCCAAUGCGCCAACCUACCGCGACGAUUUGGUCUCCUUGCACAAAUCUCUCGUGGAAAUCUCUUCUAUUAGCGGCGACGAGAACGAGGUCGGGAAUUUCCUAGUUAAUUACCUCGAAGCGCGUGACUUCGUGGUCCAGCUUGAAUUCCUCCCGCCAAGUAGCACUUCGAAUCCUGGAAAGCCCCGCUUCAACGUCCUCGCCUGGCCGGGACCGACUCGACACCCGUCCCCAAAGGUUCUCGUCUCCAGCCAUAUAGAUACCGUCCCGCCUUUCAUUCCCUACUCGCGAUCCGAUGCGGAUCCUACUGCCGACACCGUGAUCGCAGGUCGCGGUAGCGUAGACGCGAAAGGCAGCGUGGCCGCGCAGAUUACCGCUCUUCUAUCCCUUCUCGAAUCUGGUAGCAUCGCAGGCAAGGAGGACUCCGUUAUGCUUCUAUAUGUGGUUGGAGAAGAGACAUCGGGUGAUGGAAUGAAAUUCUUCUCGGAAACGCGUGGUCAGCUGGACCCUCCUCCUGAUUUUAAGGCGGCCAUCUUUGGCGAACCAACCGAUGGCCAUCUUGUCUGUGGGCAUAAGGGAAUUUUUCAUUGCAAUAUUACAGUAAAAGGUCACGCGGGCCACAGCGGAUAUCCAUGGCUUGGCAAGAGUGCGACGGAGCUGCUGGCGCGCGGUUUGGUACGUGUCUUGGAUACCGACUUGGGUAGCAGUGAAGAGUUUGGUAACACAACUGUAAACUUCGGGUUGAUCGAAGGUGGUGUCGCUGCGAAUGUGAUCCCGGAAAGGGCAACGGCCCGGCUUGCUGCUCGUGUGGCUGUUGGCCCUGAGAUUGGAGGAGAAAAGAUCGUGGUUCAGCGACUGCAGGACGUUAUGCGCAGCGUGGACGAGGAGGCGUUUGAAUUUGAUUGUAGUAGCGGUUAUGGCGUUGUUAAGUGCAAUUGUGACGUCGAGGGAUUCGAGACUACCACAGUUAACUAUGGAACAGAUGUGCAUCACUUAGCGGGCAACCAUACGCGUUAUUUGUACGGACCUGGAACUAUCUUUGUGGCCCAUGGACCUGACGAGGCGAUCAAGCUCGGGGACUUAGAAACAGCGGUGGAAGAUUUCAAGAAGCUCAUCCUGCAUGCUCUCGAGAGCUAAGCGGUUUGUGUCUGGGGUUGAAGGAAUUUGAGCACGGCUCUUCUAAUUCGUUCACAUUCGCUAAUUCGUACAAUAUCAUAGGAUGUCCAGCAAAGGAGAUGCCU